UGACAGUAAGUCUGGUGAGGAGCAGCAGGGGGCCACCCCAGAACCCCCCACACUCCCCACUGUCAUGGCCCUCUCACCAGAUGGCGCUGCUGGUAGUGUAGAGGAUGCCCCAUCUCCGCGGGAGGUCAUCCGGGCUGCUGGGCGACUGAUCAAUGAAGUGACCGUCAGACAGAAUGGUUAUGUUUACCUGUUCCAGCUGGAUGGAGACAAUGGUGGACUGUUUUAUCUAGAUCUCAAGAAUGGAAGUGGAGGUGCAGGGGAAGGCCUGCCCCCUGGUGGUGAACCUGAUGUGACCUUGACCUUGUCUGUGGCAGACAUGCAGAACAUGUUUGUAGGGAGAACUAAGCCCCUCCAGGCUUACAUGAGUGGGAGACUCAAAGUGUCAGGGGACUUAUCAGCUGCCUUAAGUCUGGAGGACUUUGUGAAAAAAGUGGUGGAAAAAAUUAAAUCUGAACAAACAGAAUCACUUGAUAGAUUUCUAAAUGUAUAGCAUGUAUGUGUGUGGAGUAUAUGAACUAAAUGAAAAUCAUUGUCAUGCAGAAAGUUCACUUGUUUGAUUUAGUUUGUCUGUGAUAAAAAU